UACACAAUCUCCCAUUCUUCACACAUCGCCCAGAUACCCCCACACAGCCUGUACUUCCGUACACUCCUACCCCCAACAAACCUUCCCACUUCCACACCCUCACCAUGGGAGUCACAUUCUCCUCCCUCUGGUCCCAGCUCUUCGCCAAGAAAGAGACCAAAGUCCUCAUCCUCGGCCUCGACAACGCCGGCAAAUCCACCAUCCUCUACCGCAUCACCAUGGGUUCCGUCGUCGCCAGCGCCCCCACCGUCGGGUCCAACCACGAGAUCUACGACUACAAGGGCGUGCGCUUCGGGCUUAUCGAUAUCGGAGGGCAAACGAGCUUGAGGGGGUCUUGGAGCCAGUAUUUCCAGGGGGCGGAGGCGGUUAUAUUGGUCAUUGAUUCGAGCGAUUCGGCGCGGUUGGGGGUGGUGAAGCAAGAGUUGAUGAAGAUUGUUGCAGACGAGUCAUUAUCAACGGCGCUGCUGCUGGUCCUCGCCAACAAGCAAGACCUGCCUGUAGCCCAAGGCCGUCUCACACCCGCCCAAGUUUCAGAAGCCCUCGGCUUGACGGAUCUGAGAGAACGAGAGUGGCAAAUCAUGGGAUGCAGUGCUCUCACAGGUCUGGGGCUGUUUGAAGGGAUGGAUUGGCUGGUCGGCAAGCUGGCUGCGCGGACAUGAUGUAUAGACGGUCGUGAUUUGAGAGCUAUGCGGGCACGUUGUAUAUGCA